UCCUCCCCCCCCCCCCCCCAAUCUCGACUGCAGCAAAGAAAGGAAUGGAAAAAAUAGCUGCGCCGGCGGAAGAUGAUUUCACUUGGAGCAGAGAAACGGUGCCCCGAGUUUUCCUACUUGUUUCCUCCAGAUCAUCUCAAAGAGACCUUAUUUCCCUCUUGCUCGUCAGCCCAUGGAUUUAUCGGAUUCUUACCUCGGCCUCGUCACUUUGGCAGGUACUCAAUUUUCGCGAGAGGAAAAUUGCCGGGAAUCGGCUUAUAGCUGCUCUUUCUCUGCCUAGAUAUCGCAAUGUUAAGCAGAUUAACCUGGAAUUCGCUCAAGAUAUUGAUGACACACAUCUCAUCCUUCUUAAGACUAAGUGUUCAGAUUCUCUUAAAGGCUUGGAUUCCUUAAAUCUGAACGGCUGCCAAAAAAUCUCAGAUGAAGGAGUUGAAGCUAUAACCAGUUGUUGUCCGCAACUGAAAUCUUUUUCCAUCUACUGGAAUGUGAGGUUAACAGAUGCGGGACUAAGGCAUCUAGUGAAAAAUUGCAAAGGCAUAAUUUAUCUGAACAUAAGUGGCUGCAAGGAAGGCCGAGGAAAGCAAGGAAGAAUCCCUUUAGAGAGAAUUCGAGAGUGUAAUAUUUCAGACCAAAGCUUGGAAUUUGUAGCUGAGAAUUAUUCAGAAUUAGAGUCAUUGAACCUGACAAGGUGCAUCAAGCUUACAGAUUCUGGCUUAAAGCAGUUACUAGAGAAAUGUUUGUCUCUUCAGAGUCUAAAUCUCUAUGCUCUGUCUAGUUUCACAGAUGAAGUUUACAAGGAGAUUUCCCUCCUGGUGCAUCUCAAGCUUUUGGAUCUCUGUGGCGCCCAGAACCUUUCAGAUGAAGGUCUUUCCAGCAUUUCUAAAUGCAAGAAUCUUAUAACCCUAAAUCUAACAUGGUGUGUACGUGUGACUGAUGAGGGGGUCAUAUCCAUUGCAAGGAGCUGCACCUCUAUUGAAUCUCUAAGUUUGUUUGGAAUAACUGGUGUGACCGACAAGUCUCUAGAGGCACUUUCAAAAUCCGGUUACAACAAGAUCACAACCCUUGAUGUGAACGGAUGUAUUGGCAUUAAGAACCGGAGCCGCGAAAAGCUGCUUCAGUUGUUCCCAAAUCUAAAAUGCUUUAAAGUGCACAGCUAAUGUGGUGCUUUCCGGAAGUUUCUUGAUGAAAUCUGUCUCGAGACAAGUUAUAUAGGCUAGCGAUACUCCCAAGCAUUGUUUUCUUCGAACAUUCCUGUCUACACAACUUGGAGGAUGAUUAAUCAUGUUGUAUCAAUUUUAUAGUGAAGUCACAACAGUCCGUUUCUAUUGUCAAA